AUGCGCCCACUCCUGGGGACUAGCGGGCGUUUGUGCAUGCGCAGAACGGUGUGCGGAGCGUCGCACGCCGCGCGAAACGCGAACUUGGGCGAGAUGACGGAGUAUCUGCGGCUGGAAGCGGUGCCGCAGAUGCUGAAUCGGAGCAUAGACGCGGAGAGGCUGGACGCGGAGGUGAAGCUGCGGCUACUGCCGACCACGCACCCUUACCUGCCGGCGAUACAGGGCGUCAACAAGUACAAGCACUCGAUGAACGCGAUAGCGCUGGUCAUCCGCAACUUUGUGCUGAAUGAGCGAUGCGCGCUGCACGUGACCAACGUGCACACGCUGGCGGACGGCAAGACGUGCUCGCGCUACAACACGGUCACAGACGCGGACAAGGUGGUGGUGCACUGGCGUACGUGCGCGGAGGGCUGCGAGCACCUGGGUCCGGAGGACGUCACAUCGCAGGCCAAGUUCGGGCUCUACAAGGCCAGGCAGAGCGGCCGCGGCACGGCCGGCCUGGAGGACGAGCACAGCAAGAGCGAGGUCCUGCGCUACAUCCUGGACCCGGGCCACAAGAUGUCGGAGACACUCAUGGCGCAGCACGCGAGUCCUGCCAACGACCUGGACGCGCGAUGGCAGCUCUCGCGCGUUAUCUAUGGGGUUUUCAUUUUCGAGAUGAACGACGACAAUACCAAGAUCCGCGUGCACACCAUCGACAACGUCGAGAUGUCGGACCGCGAGAAAAAAGUAGAGACUGGAGCUCUAGCGUGCUGA